UCACACUGUCCUUUGCCUUACGCUGGUUUUAUCGUGCCGUGAAAGGGGCAUCAAUCUUAGGAGCUCUCGAUCGACCCAAUCCAUAGGCCAUGGGCGUCGUGGCAUCGCGCUCUUCUUCGCCACAGCGUAUCUCCCAGCCGGCAUCCCCGCGAGGUCGCUUAUCUCCGACGACCGAUGAUUGCUAAGCAACCUUAUCAGCCGCAAUUGCGGGUGUGCACACAGACAAGCCCGCUCUUCCAAAAUGGACCCCGCUUCGAAGUAACGGCCAGGCUGCCAUCGUCGCAGCAUUGGUUCCGGAAAUGCGCUGGUGUGUUUGCGUUGCGCUGCUGCUCGUCAUCUCUUGCUUGUGCGGCUCUGUGGUGUCCCAAGGUAACGUCGUACUUCGUCGCAACGGUUACACGGGCGUCACCAUUGCUCUCUCACCGCGGAUAUCGCAAGGAAGUCUGCCUGACGACUUUGCGCACACCGUCGCCGAGCUCGUCGAGGUGGCAUCGAAGAAGGUGUACCGAGAACUGGUUCCAGGUCGUGCCUUUUUCCGAGAGGUCACCCUGCUCGUUCCCAGUUCGCUCAGCGCUUCGAACAUCGUCGACAGCAACCGCAGCAGUGACGACGUUAAAAUCACGCUGAGCUCCAGACCCAGCUUCAGCUCCUCGCACUUCGUGAUCGAGCCCGACAAAGGCGCCCUUUUCGGUGAGCACCCGUACACCCUCCAGUAUGGCUCGUGCGGUGUCCAAGGCCUGCGAACGGUGCUGCCGUUCUCCUCUGUCGUCAAGAUCGACGGCAAAGCGAUGGCCGCGGAAUGGCUCCGCCUCAGGUACGGCGUCUUCAGUGAAGAGCCUCUGCCGAAUGACCCUCUGUACUCGCCAGACGCGAACGCCACGAAGCAGGGCGUUCUCUGCGAAACGCGAAGCGCUCUGCGCGUGAUUCUCGAGUCUGGCGAUUUUAGUGGCGUCAAUCUUGAGGGCGAGUCUCCGUACGAGCGCGCCAAGUUGAAUAUCGUCCAAGAGGCUCCGCUGCACCUCGUCGUCGUCUGGAAUGUCGAAUCGAGCGACCUGUCCACUCCCACGCCGUACGCGACGACACUCAUUGCGCUCAGGAAGUUUGCUCAGACACUGGUCCCCGAACACUCGAUGAUGGCGUUGGUGGCCUACAGUACGAGCGUGUUUUAUGCCGAUAGCAGGCUCAUUGUCAUGAAUACCAAGGAACAGAGAGAACUGUUCGCCAAAAGCUAUCCGACAUCUCGCCGUGACCCUUCAACUCUUGAGCGGGCAGUCGUCAAGGCUCUGGAACUGCUGGGCGCAAACGCACAAGGAUGGACGGGACCACAGGGCUCUAUUCUUUUAAUAUCUCACGACGACAUUCGUUUAGAAGACCUCAACGCUGCCAGGAAAAAGUUAGCCGGUAAGCAAGUCAGGGUUCACGCUCUGCUCCUUUCUAAAAGCGGCGCUGAAAACAAUGUUGAAAAGCUCUGCUCCGAAUACGACGGCAAUGUAUUUUUAGCCCAGUCUUACAACAAAAGAGCGCUAGCUUACACGCAGCAGACGAAUGCAAUCGCUGCGCUGGCAUUCAGCAAAACGUCUUACGGGGAGACUAAGGCCCCGAUAAUCUUGAAACAGAAAGUAAUAGACCCAGUUAAACAAGGUGCGGAAACCAUUGAGGUAUUUUAUGUUGACUCGGAAGGCUUGAUGACGCUCGGAGUGGACAUCAUAUUCGAGCAGACAGAUGAGGCGUCUUAUUAUGCAAACUACAUUGUACUUCAUUCACCGACAGAUAAAGUUUAUAAUGUAGGCAGCCCAGAACUGACAGGUCAGCUAUUUAAUGUUCAGCAAUUCAAGAUACAGAACGCUUCUGCCGGACAGUGGACGCUGCGGAUUAAGCCUGAGACGUCUAUGCCCAAUCCAGUGAAGCUUGAAGUUUGGCUUCAGACGUCUACGAUUGCCGAUCCGCCAAUUACGAUCACUGCCUGGCUUAGCUCCGAAUUUUCGAAUGUAGACCCUUCGAAGCCGUUUCUUAUCUACGCCGAAGUUCGGAAAGGCUCAAACCCUAUUCGCUACGUUAGCGUCACUGCAACAGUGGUCGAUCCAGAGGGAAACAUGACUGAAUUUCGUCUUGUGGACAACGGGGCCGGGAUCCCCGACAUCACCGCCGGAGAUGGAAUCUAUAGCCGAUACUUCACUGGAUUUUCGAAGAAGGGCCUCUAUACCUUGUCAGUGACUGCCGAAGGGUCCGAUCAGAGCGUCAUAGUUGGUGGCGCCGUGUGGAACGAAGCGUCGACAUCACCCCCAGCUCAAUGCUGUGGAAGUCAGUUUCCCGAAGAAGGGUCAGUGUCGUCAGGAUCGUUCGUGCGUCAUUUCGAAUACGGGUCGUUUUUCAGCAUCGCCGACAGGCCUCAAGGUGACAUAUACCCACCAAGUCGCGUCACCGACCUGACUGGGAGCCGCGUCGGCGAUCGUGUCACACUUGAAUGGACUGCACCUGGAAACGACUACGAUCACGGUACGGCAAAUAGCUACGAAAUCAGAUAUUUCGAAAGCGACGUCGACUUCGCGCAACUAUUUGAAACGUCCGGAAAAAUAAUCGAGAAAUACGACAUCGACAAUCUUGCUUACUCGCCGAAACCCUUCGGCGAACGCGAAAAGUGCGCGUUUAGUUUUAACCACGGUGCUGACGGUGGGCGCUACUACUUCGCCAUCCGGGCGAAUGACAAUUCGAACAAAGGUCCCGUGUCCAAUGUGGUAGAAGUGACUUUCCCUGCGCCGACACCACCCACGGUUGUUCCAGGAGAAGGGGGCACGCCAGACGCAAUCGUAACCGGUACGGAGAACGAGAACGACCGCAAUUACGCGAGAGGUGGUUUGACGUCCCUUCAACUUGCAUUAGCCAUCGUGCUUCCGCUGCUGUUUCUGCUGAUUCUGGCCAUCAUCGUCUUACUGGUUGUGUGCUUCCGGAGAAGAGGCAAACGAAGCAAGGGCUCGCAAGAAGGUUCGCCGCCGCCACCGCCCACGAGGGCGCGGCCCAUCAUCUCUUCUCCCAUCGCACAGAAGGGCUCGGCGACUCCCGAGAAAGAGGACAAAGCGAGCCCGUACGCGACGUCGCUCAUGAACGGCAGCAGCAUCAGUCCCAUUAACUCCUACUCGGCAGACUACCUCAUGGACCAGUAUGAAUACGAGAAAGCCAAGAGGGCGGCACAAAAUGGAACCCAGAGGACGCCGUCGGCGCCGCAGCGCGCUGAUCUGUCCUCCUCUUCAGAUGCACCCUCGGAAGAUCGAUCUCAUCGUCCUGAACAGGUAUGGACGACGCCGCAGGGCAGGGACGAUCGGGACGACAUCGGCCUGCCGGCCGUAAAGCCGUACGUGACCGAACUGAGGCCCCUGCAGAGCCCGCCGCAUGGCCCAGGAUCACGUCGCUUGCCUCCAGACUUCUCGACUGUGCCCAGGAGACAAACGUUUGUGUAACUGCGAAAGAGCGCGGCAUGAGAGCCUACGAGUGCGUUUAUACAAGUGCUACGGGCUUCUGUGUAUAGUGGGUUGAUCCCCUCAACCGCGUUCUGCCCGUGCCUGCGACAGCUGGGUCUGUCUGAAAGCGGACGAACGGUUUUGCUGUGAGGGAAGGCGGCAUACAUAUCCUGCACGGUCUCUGCAACUGCAGCUCUCGAUAAGGAAAGACAACAAGGCCGGUUGUGGUACUUGCGUGACGAUCGCGUGUGUGCUUGUUUACAGCUUGAGAAAGUCGUUUUGCAUUGCUUGAGCCGCUGCCCUAACAAUUGCGUCUUUUCUCGCUGUCCACGACCUCCUUUGUAACAGAAAAUCGUUAAAGCGUAUGCAUGCGCCAUUGUACCGAAGAUUUAGUUCACCUUCGGUAUAAACCUGUAAGGAAAGUGCGGCAGCCCCCCAUUUUCUCUAAAAUUUUUUUUAUUUCGUAUAGUAUAGAUGCUUUCUUCGGCGAGUGUUCAUGUUGCGGACUUGUUUGAACUUGCACGUCACCUUUCAUAUCGUUCCCGCGAGUGUGUAGUGUUGGCCACCCGAGCAUAUGUACAAAAUAGCAUCGUCUGUUUUUGCUUUAUUAUUGGUGUACGUUUCACCUUGCGCAGAUUUUUACUCCUUGUAAAUGUACUCAUAAGCUGAUACUGUAUUGUUUCAGUGUGUUCACCGUGAUGCGAUCAUAGCUAGAAAUUUUUAGCGUCAUAUCAUGUGUGUUGUUUUUACCGUAUGAAUACUGUGAGAACGAAAUUCAAUAGAAGCCAAGAGACAACGUCGCGUUUUUCCCAUACGUGCAUGUCAUUUUGAUACGCUCAGUUUAUUGCCUGCGCCAAAUGCAUCCGCUUCUAGUCCGUCGUAUGAUUAGAUGUAUGAAACGAAAGCUGAAUAAAACAAUUUCUUCAGUGAAUAACA